AGAAACGAGAAUCCCAACACCAUUUCCACCGCACGCCGCGCAUCAUUGACUGCAAUUCAUUUGAACACUACAUACAGCUCAUCGGCCUACUGAGAGCGUAGAAGUUGUGUCCCGCGAAAACCGCCUCCUGAAGGCUCGACGAGCACACGGCCGACCCUGUUCAUGCUGCCCGGAGGCGGGAUCAGCUCUCCUUGCUAAUGGUCCUGGCCCGCGUGGCUUCCUACUUUUCCUCGACCGCAGAGAAGCAGCCCGAUGCGCCGCUGAAUUACAUUGACCAUGGAUUCGACGAUACGAGAAGACGGGCGGCAGAAAUGUCAUCCGCGGAUAGCCAGAGACGCCCGUCCGUCUCCUCGGCAAAGGCCAUAGACGUGGAUCAUGAGGAUUAUCGCCCGCCGUACGCGCACGCCAUGUUGGCAGGAGGGUUGGGAGGAUGUCUGGGAGAUAUGUUGAUGCAUAGCCUGGACACGGUCAAGACGAGACAGCAGGGUGAUCCGCAUAUGCCGCCCAAAUACACGAGCAUGGGCAACACGUAUUGGACCAUCUUGAAGCAGGAAGGCGUGGGCAGAGGACUGUAUGGAGGAGUUACGCCCGCCUUUGUGGGGUCUUUCGUCGGAACUGUUAUCUUCUUUGGAUGCUACGAGAGCAGCAAAAGGGCCAUGAUUGACUACGGGAUAACGCCAAGCGUGGCCUACUUCGCCAGUGGGUGGUGCGCAGAUUUGGCUGCCAGUCCACUCUACGUGCCUACCGAGGUACUGAAGACGAGGCUACAGCUGCAAGGAAAAUACAACAAUCCAUACUUUACCUCUGGAUACAACUACCGUAGCACGAUACACGCGUUCAAAACCAUCUACCGCAUGGAAGGCUGGAGAGAAUUGUUUUCGGGCUACAAAGCGACACUCCUGCGAGAUUUGCCUUUCUCGGCAUUGCAGUUCACCUUCUACGAGCAAGAGCAAAAGUGGGCGAAAGCAUGGGUUGGACCGGGCAAAGAGAUCGGUCUGCCAUUGGAGAUUUUGACAGGCGCAAGUGCUGGAGGUAUGGCAGGUGUGUUGACCUGUCCAAUGGAUGUGGUCAAGACAAGAAUUCAAACAGAGCUAGAUCCCGAAGUCGUUGCAAAAGCAAGAGCGAAGGCCGCUGAAAGCGAUGCGAAGAGCAAUAGUACUAAAGCCGCUGCUCCCAGCCAAACUUCCGCUUCGGCAACGAAACACAGACCGACCGCAACAUCUGCGACGCCUCAACAGAGAAGAGGAAUAUCCACAUCAGGGCCUGGAACAGCACUCAAGCACCAUGGAUUGACCCCGCUCGAUACUGAAUCGGUGUACAAAGCACUCAAAAUCAUCUACAGGACCGAAGGACUGUCAGGCUGGUUCCGUGGCGUAGGGCCAAGGGGUGUAUGGACCAGUAUCCAAAGCGGCACCAUGCUUGUCGUCUAUCAAAAGCUUUUGCGAUGGUUUGAUGCGAACCCGCUGGUCAAGAUAGAUCCCGAAGACGGGCUGCGAGGAAUAAGUUGAGCCGCAGCAACAGAAUAUGUACGAUCAGACGCAUAGCGCGGCGUCGAUGAUAAGAAUCCCGGUUAAGGAUAGCUCUAACUUUGUAUACAUAACUUCGCUUUGCAACACCAACAACGUUUCGAAACUCCG